GUCGCCUGUGGCUCGCAAACGAUUGUAUUGGGCCGACUGCGGACCACUCGACAGCUGUGCAAGCUGUGCCCAGCACCGCUGCAGCACUGUGCAAAGACAGGCCUCAUGGGAGGCACAGCAGCCGCCGCCGGCGCGAUCUCGGGCACAGCAGUCGCCGUAGCGCUGCAGCCGUUCGACGUCGUGAGGACGAGACUCCAAGCUUGCGCCGCGGCCGGGCGCCCGCGCACCGCCGUCAACGCCGUCCGCGAGAUUGCGGCGGAGGGCGGCGCGGCUCGAUUGUGGCGCGGCACCUCGGCGGCGGCGUUAAGGGUCGGCGGCGGCGCGGCCAUUCAGUUCGGGUCGCUGCGCUUCCUGCGGACGCGGAGCCCGCCGGACGCCGUCAAUGAUGCAUUCAUCGGCGCGGCCGCGCGCGGCGCCUCGGUCGUCGUCAUGUGUCCCAUCACGACGGUCAAGACGCGCAUGGAGGCCUCGCACGUCGGCGCGCGGCAGUACCGAGGCGUGGGGGACGCGCUGGUGACGAUCGUACGGACCCAGGGCGCGGGGGCGCUCGUGCGCGGCCUGCCGCCGCUCUUGUUGACGAAUGUUCCCUUCGCGGCGAUCCACUACGCGUCGUACCGCCGGUUGCAGGCGCUAGGACGAGACUACGCCGACGGCUGGACGCUGAACCUCGUGGCGGGCAGCCUCGCGUCGACGGCGGCGACGGUCGCGACGCAGCCCUUCGACGCGCUGCGCGCGCGGGCCAUGCUGGACCUGCCGAUGCCGCGGAGCCUCCAGGGCCUGUUUGCCGGGUUCGUCCCGCGCCUGGCCAAAAGACCGCUCCAGACGACGCUCAUCUGGGCGCUCUUCGAGGACCUCGACAAGCGGCUCCGGACACUGUAGUUUUUAAUGUUGACAUGUUGUUA